AUGAUGGGUAUAUUCUUACUCAAUCCCAUUAUGCAGAAAAAAAAUUUAAGAAAGUUUGGUCAAUUUGACUGCAAACCUGCUGUGACUCCUUUUGAUGUAAAUUGCAAGUUAAAAAAGAAUAGUGGAGAUGCAAUUUCCCAAUUGGAGUAUUCCCAAGUAAUUGGGAGCCUAAUGUAUUUAAUGAAUUCUACUAGGCCAGACUUAGCUUAUUCAGUAAGCAGGCUUAGUAGAUACACAAGCAAUCCUGGACAUGAUCAUUGGGAGGCACUAAUAAAGGUGCUAAGAUAUUUGAAAUACACCCAAGACUAUGGAUUGCACUACACUAGAUAUCCACCAGUUCUAGAAGGCUAUAGUGAUGCAAAUUGGAUUUCUGACAGUACAGAAACCAAAUCAACUAGUGGAUAUGUAUUUACAUUAGGUGGAGCUGCAUUAUCUUGGAAAUCCUCUAAACAGACGUGUAUAGCACGCUCUACAAUGGAAUCAGAGUUUGUAGCCUUAGAUAAAGCUGCUGAAGAAGCAGAAUGGCUAAGAAACUUCCUAGAGGACAUUCCAAUGUGGCCUAAGCCUGUGACAGCAAUUUGUAUACAUUGUGAUAGUAUGGCAGCACAAGCAAGAGCCAAGAGUGGUGUAUACAAUGGAAAGUCAAGACAUAUCAGGCGUAGGCAUAAUACAAUUAGACAAUUGCUCUCAAAUGGAAUUAUAUCCAUUGACUAUGUGAAGUCAAAGGAAAAUAUUGCAGAUCCUUUGACAAAAGGCCUACCAAGAGAGCAAAUCAAAUUUACAUCGAGGGGAAUGGGAUUGAAGCCAAUCCAAUGA